ACGGAGAGAUGAAUGUUUCUGGGAGUAAUCAGGAGCAGGAGUCGAGGUACCGCGACGCCUUCAUCAAGAACCUGACUGUUGUUCUCCUCGGGAUCGUUAUAAACUACAUCAACGGCAGCAUGGUGCAUACCUUCCACCGAGAAGAGGUCCUCAGAGCAAACCCCCGCUACGUGCUCUUCAUCCACCUGGUGGUCAACGACAUGAUCCAACUCUUCAUCACUAUCUCCCUCUUCAUCUGCACCUUUGUCUUUUUCACCAUCAACGUGUCAGUAUGCUGCCUGCUGAUGACUGCUGCUGUCUUCACCACCCAGAACACCCCGCUCAACCUGGCCACCAUGGCGGUGGAGUGCUACGUGGCUGUCUGCCUCCCGCUCCGCUAUGCCACAGUGUGCACGUUGCGGCGUGCGCACCUGGCCAUCGGCCUGAUGUGGGCGACCAGUGCUCUGACGGUGCUUCCCGACUUCUUCAUACUUUUAGCCACCGAGCCGCUGAACUUCUUCCUGUCCCGCGUUUACUGCGACCGGGACAGAGUGUUCCGCAGCAUCUACAGCGUGGCUAAGCGAGACGCCACCAACAUCACCUUACUAGUCAUCGUGUGGCUCACGCUCCUCUACACCUACUUCAACAUCUUGUUCGCCGCAAGGUCAGCCAGCACGGACGUCAAGAAAGCGCGCAACACUGUCGUGCUGCAUGGCUUCCAGGUGCUGCUGUGCAUGAUGGUGUAUGUUCAGCCCAUUAUGCUGAAGGGCUUCAUGCUGCUCUUCCCUGAACAUUUCUCUAUGUUGCGCUUCCUCUCUUUCAUCCUGACCCAGAUCCUCCCCCGUUUUGUCAACCCCAUCCUGUACGGUCUCAGAGACAAGACCUUCCGGAGGUACCUGAAGAAGUAUAUCCUGGGUAGGAGCCGGCCCUGCGGCCGGAUGAAGAGCUUCUCCUGAGCGACCGUUGAGUUUCAUUAAAAUGUGGGGUAUUGAAAUUAGCAUUCAUAUAUAUUGGAAUGUUUGAAACAUUUAACGUUUCAUAUGAUAUACGAAAAUUCCCAUAAAACGGUAUUCUAGAAUCAUUGGUAGAGGGUUUGUUAAUAUUAUAUUACAGUAAAAAAUGUAUAAAACAAGUUCCUGUUUAAUCAUACAGCAAACUUAAAAACAAUAGUUGGUUGACCAAAAUUGUGAACAAAUAACAAUAAAAGACAACAGGGCACACGACAUGGCCGGAAUGGGAAAAUCCCUCAGGCCAGGAAAUAUAGUGUAAAAUAUAGCCCCAGGCCAGUUAUUAAUUGGGGGGUAUAGAGAAUUAGAUCUUGGAGUAGCCCAGGGCGGUUAUCCGUGGUCAAAACAAUCGUACAAAAAAAAGCACAUCGUAUUAGGCUAGAUCGUUAUGAAAAAGUCAGAUCACUAAAUAAGUUAUGUAGCUUACUGUUACAGUUGUCACUGUGUUGGAAAGUUACUUUUGAAAUGACGCACAGCAGGUGCAAUUGCAAAUUCUGUGAGCAUUUCAACGCUAAUGUCAACCUAAGCAUGCCAAAAGAUUCAAAAAUUCAAACAUGACCACAAGACCACUUUGAAGUGCAUCACUUGGUUCUAUAUAUCAAUAUAUAUCAGGAAGUGUGUUUUGCAGCUAUAUUGAAGGAUGCAGAAAAUCUAAAACAUUUUGUAAUCAAUGCAUAUUGCAUUGUUUCUAGUAAAGGCUCACUGGACACUUUGUUUCAGUCUGCAAUGCUCAAAAGAGUAAGACCAUGAAGCUGAGGGGUUGACUAAGCAACUUGUAAAUCAUUUUGGACACAAAUGUUUUUUAUUUAGAAUCCAAGCCUUAUAAAUGCUCACAGCAUAACCAAAAGUAAUAUCCGUUAAGGUUCUGAAGGAAAGUUCUAGUAGCUCAUGUGUUUUAUGCACAAUUAUCUAUCAACUUUCUGGGCAAAACUAACUUCAAUCAUGGUUGUGUGUGAUCAAUACUUUGAUAAGUUUUUCUCACUCAUUUCAGGGGAAAUGAGUGCCCUAAAGAAUUCUAGGAGUAGGUCUAUCUAGUAACAGCAAAUUGCUGGGAGAAGCAUGUAUCAUCCAAAC